GAACUUGUCUUUGUGAACGAUACCUCCGCAACCACUUGCUACGGAUGCAAGGGACGCGUAAGAGAGAAGCCCUCAGCUCCACCCCCACCCUCACCAUAUGACCUGUUCAUAAGGCAUUCUGAGAUCAGAGUAUAUAAUCGCCCUGAAGACACCAAGCUCCGACUUUCUUCGAAAUCAGAAAUGGUUUAUUUUCAUCCACUUAACUCCUGUGUAAACCUCACUGUUCAAGAUAUGAGUGAGGGAAAGCUUAUUGUCAAGGAUGGCAUUAGGCAAUACCUUAAUGAGGCAAACAAGCGUCUUAUAUUGAAGGAAUUCAGGUUCCUUCUUUAA